AUGGUCAGAAUCGCCGAAUUCGCCGUCGAGCGCUGGAUGGAUGAUUAUGAGAACGAUGCAAAAUUCAACCUUGCAGAGACUUGUUGCGCUUCAAUUUCGUUGAAUGACCUCCUUGACUUCUCGGAGAAGCCAACGCAUCUUGUUGACUUUUCUAGGAAACAAGUCUACGGAGCCAUCCGUGGCUCGGAGGCCUUGAGAUUGAAUAUUGCAAAGCUGUAUAGCUCGAAAUUGGCGUCGCUAUCAGCAAAUCAAGUCUUGGUGACGAACGGUGCGAUACAAGCCAAUUUCCUGGCUCUUUACUCAACCGUCAACCCAGGUGAUCACGUUAUUUGUCACUAUCCCACGUAUCAGCAACUUUAUGCGGUCCCAGAGUCGCUCGGUGCUGAGGUCAGCCUCUGGAGAUCUAAGGAAGAGGACAAUUGGCGUUUGGAUCUGGAUGAGUUGAGAUCGAUGAUCCGGCCGAGCACCAAGCUCAUCAUUAUCAAUAACCCUCAAAACCCAACUGGCGCUAUUAUACCGAGUGAAAAUCUUCACGGAAUUGUGGACGUCGCCCGUCAGCACGGGAUUGCCAUUCACAGUGACGAGGUGUACCGUCCUCUCUUCCAUUCUCUUGGCGCCGAUAAAGCUCCUCCUUCAAUUCUGUCAUUUGGAUAUGAGAAUGUCAUUGCCACCGGCUCCAUGUCGAAGGCUUUCAGUUUGGCUGGGAUUCGCCUUGGCUGGAUAGCGUCGAACAGCUCCAAGAUCAUCAAUGCAUGCGCCAGUACGAGAGACUAUACAACAAUUUCCGUUAGUCAAAUUGACGAUGUGAUUGCUACCUUUGCUCUCAGCGACCCGGUCAUCCAUGGGAUACUGCAACGCAAUUUUGAACUUGCUAGCAGCAACCUUCAGCUCUUGGACAAGUUCAUCCAAGACUUUGCAUGGGCUGCUGAAUGGAUCCGUCCGAAAGCAGGUACAACAGCCUUUGUGAAGUUCUUCGGGAAAAACAAACAGCCCCUGGAUGCUGUAGAGUUCUGUCAGCGUUUGCAAAGUAGUACUGGCGCUAUGGUCGUACCCGGAAGUCAGUGUUUUGGUGGGGGCGUUGACUUCAAAGGAUUUGUUCGAUUUGGUUUUGUGCCUGAGCGUCAGGUCAUGAUUGAUGGACUCGAGGCUUUACGGAGGUUCAUGCUUGACGGGUAUGACAGCGUACCGACCGUGUAG